AUUACUUCAAAUAUGUCAUUUCACAAUUUUUGGAAACUAGAAGAACUUAGGUGCGAUGUACCUGAUGAAUGUCAGGAGAAGGAUCAAAGCAGGGAUCGGCUAGAUUUAGUGGCUAAGAGAAGUGAGAACGUUGUAAGGAACUCAAAUUUACAAAAAUUUGCCCAAAGAAAUUCGGAAUCUCCUGCUAAGACUACAAAGCAACAACUUGGAAACAAGGAAAUCCUUUUGGAAGAGCGGAAAGGAAGAAUCCAGAGGAAGCAUACUUAUGACACCACUACUAAGAGGAAACAUAGACAUGACAGCCUUCAAAAAGGGGGUUUACAAAGAAACAUGGACUAUAAAUCUGAGGAAAUGUCUCCGAGAAGUCCAAUGAUAAGCGAGAUUAAGUCUCUGCUAAGAAUUAUUCAUCAGAAAAAGUUGAAGAAGGCCAGGUCUAAUAAAACCAGGAAAUUAAGGAAGGGUUUCAAGCCAAAAGAAGGGUUUUGUGAUAAAGUGAUAAAGUUUCAGAAGCAAGUUAGUUGCAAGAAGCCCGAUAUUUCCUGAAUUUAUGACACAUUUAAUCCAGUCCAAGUGAAGAGCAUAAUACAGGGAAAUAUGGUUAAAGUUAUUGAAGAUGAUGUUCAAAACCCAGCAUUGGGUGGAGUGUAACCUCAUCAACAAUAUUAACUU